AUGUUUAAAAAUUUAAUAAGAAUAGGUGUGAAUCUUUCAUUAUUUAAUACAACAUAUGUUUUAUGUAAGACAAUUAAGGAUGAAAAAUUACCUCAUUAUCAUUUUCUUAAUGAAUAGGAUUUAAAUAAAUUAUUAAAGAAACAUCAGAACUUAUCAAUAAUUGAUAGAAGCUACACUGAACAUAUAUUAUCUAUAAUAAGAGAUGUAGAAACUGAUACUGUGGUAAUAUGAUAAAUAAAGGUUAGGAAUUCCGAAAAAAUUCAGAUCGUUUAAUUAGAAUACUUAUUGAAUAAGCAAUUUCAUAAAUAGAAAAGAAAAAACAUGUAAAACAGUCUCCUUUAGGAUAUUAUGAUGCACAUGAAGUGAAAUUUGAAGAUGAAGAGUAAUAUUAAUUCUAAUAUUAGAAUAUGUUUUGUGAGUAUUUUAAGAUCAGGAAAUGCAUUUUUAUUUGAAGGCUUAAAUGCUGUAUCUGGAGCAUCUAUAGGAUAAAUAUUGAUAUAAAGAAAUGAAGACACUGCCUUACCAUCAUAUUUAUUUUAGAAACUACCAUCUAAUAUAAAGGAUUAAUAGGUUAUAUUAAUGGAUCCAAUGUUGGCUACAGGUAGUAGUGCAACAUUAGCUUUAAGAAUCCUAAAAAAUCAAGGAGUGAAAUAGGAAAACAUUACAUUUUUAACUUUAGUGAGUUGUGAAUAAGGUAUAGAGAAAUUGUUUAGAGAAUUUCCAAAAAUUAAAAUAAUCACUGCUUAAGUUGAUCCAAUUUUAUUGAAAGAUUUCAAUUAUCUAGCACCAGGAAUUGGAAAUUUUGGUGAUAGAUAUUUUGGAACAGUUAAAAAGAGCUAAUAAUUUGGUUAGCAAUAAUGAUAGACAAAUAUAUCUUAUUAUUUAAUUAUAUAUUAAUUAAAAAAAAC